AGAACGAGUAAGGAAACCAGUUUUCUGCUCAUCGAAUUCAGGUUAUUGUACUUCAAAACAGUAUUCAGACAUGGCAUUAAAACGAAUCACAAAGGAAUUACAAGACCUUGGCAGAGAUCCACCUGCACAAUGUUCUGCUGGUCCAGUUGGAGAUGAUUUAUUUCACUGGCAAGCAACAAUAAUGGGCCCGUCGGACAGUCCAUUUCAAGGUGGUGUAUUUUUCCUCACAAUACAUUUUCCAACAGAUUAUCCAUUCAAACCACCAAAGGUUGCCUUUACAACAAGAAUAUACCACCCUAAUAUAAACAGCAAUGGCAGUAUUUGUUUGGAUAUCUUAAGGUCACAGUGGUCACCUGCAUUAACUAUAUCGAAAGUUUUGCUGUCAAUAUGCUCACUACUUAAUGAUCCAAAUCCUGAUGAUCCUUUGGUACCAGAUAUUGCCAGAAUUUUUAAAACAGAUAGAGAAAAAUAUAAUAAACUUGCUGUAGAAUGGACUAGAAAAUAUGCCAUGUGAACAUCAGUAGAAGUUGAAUCUUAACACAAAGAACAGCCCAUGAUGGCCACAGAUAUGAAAAGCAUAAGUGAUGUGUCCAUUUUUAAAAAUUGUUAAAUGUGAUGAGUGAUUAGGGAUGCAAAUAUUACUUGAAUUGUAUAAUAAUUGUAUCAUGGUUUAAACUAGGAUAUGAGGGGUAAAUCAGUAUUGGUUGGAAAAGUGACACUGGCAUCAAAUUUUCAGUUCUUUUUCAUUUGAUUUUACUUAAGCAUUUGAGUUUCUUUAGCUGCUGACAACUGUAAACAAAAAAAUGUAUACUUUAAGCUCUAUAACUUGCAUCAAGAUGGCCACCAGUCUUCUUCAGAAUCUUGUUAUUGCUACUUCUGAACAGAAAAUUAUAUUGAAACUAGACCUCCAUAUUUGAGUUGUUUAAUCAACAGAACACACUUAAUGCUUCUCCUCCAGAACAGUAAGUUGUAUUGAGGCGUGAUCUCAGUUAUUGCGUUGUGUAUUAUCAACAGAACCCUGUUGAUGUUACUCCUUGAGAACAAUAAGUUGUAUUGAGACUUGACUCCCAUUACUGAGUUGUUUAAACCACAGAAGCCUGUUAAUGCUUCUCCUAAGAAAGGAUGUUGUGUUGAGAUGUGAUAUGUAUGAAUGAGUUGUGUAUAGUCAACAGAACCCUGUUAAUGCUACUUUUUGAGAACUUUAAGUUGUAUUGAGACAUGACCUCAAAUGUUUUUUCUGAAGAGUAACAGGAUUCCGCUCAUGUCGGCAUAUUAUUCGGAAAAAACCUUAGUGAAAUUUGACAUUUGCUGGCAUGCAUGAGCACAAGACAAACCUAAGGAUUUCAUUCAUGUUUGCAUGACAAAUGUAUAACCGUUUCCUACACCAUUUUAUACAGUUUAUAAAUUAUUAUCAAAGAAUGGGAUGAUAUAAAAAGAAAAGACACAGAUAUUUAUCAACCACAAGCCCCUAAUCUUUGAAUGACAAUUUUCACUUGUUAGCCCACCUGGUCAUUCAACUUUUCUUACAAAUAAAUGACUGAACAGGUUUUGACAAAAUUUGGUCAGAAGCAUCUUUUGGGGGAAAGGAAACAAAUUUUCUUAUUAUAGCAGUUUGUUUCAGCCCCCAGUGGCCUGAGUAGCAGGACCCAAAAUGAGAAAUAGAGAAUUUUUUUUUUAAUUCAACCCCUACUGUAGGAAUGAUUGUAUUUUGACCAAAUUUGGUUUGAAACAUUCUGAGGAGAAGAGGAAACAAAUUGUAAAUGAGCAUUUGUGAAUGGUAAACUUAACGAUAGCUGUAUGUGGGCCAGGCUGCAAAGGUUGGGUAACUUGGGCUGAAAUUUUGUAUCCAUGACAUCCCUGCUGAAAACCAGCAGAUCUGUAAUAGAAGAGAAUAUUUAUAAAGUGUUGACUAUGUGUUUUGCACUUUUCAACAAAAUGUUCACAAUUAGUUUGGUAGUAUCAGAAUGACACUAAAACAUUUUGAAACAAAUUUAGUGCAUAUAAUGAGAAGGAAGUGAAGAAAGAUAUGCUAAAGAAUAUAUUGAAGAUUUAGAUGUAGUAUGUAUGUAAAUUUGAAGUUGGAAUAUUCAUCCACUACACUUGCUGUUCUAACAACUUGCUAUUGACAUGGUGACUCUUCAUUCCCUUCAGUGUUUGUCUGUGGGAAUGCUCUUUUCCUACUGGGCUUCUUGUAUAUAAUUUCUGGUUGAGAUAUAGUUGUAGGGGCCAUGGUGGCCAAGUGGCUAAGGCGUCUGACCAUCUUUAUAGCUAGCCGUCUACCUCUUAGUAGCAGGUUAGAGGCCUUCGUGGAGCCUUUUCCAGGUACUGAUAGGAGGUUUGCGGUUUUACAGCUAUCUUCCACCACACAAACCUGGUACGUCCUUAAAUGAUCUUUGCUUAUCAUGGAUUUAAAGCAACAAUAAACAAAAAGUACCAGUAAAUAAAUUAUUCUACUUUAGAACAAAGCCAAAUUUAUGGCUACAAAUAAAAUAAACAUAACCAUUACUGAAUUACCUGUCUGAUGUACCAGUGCUUUUUUACUUCAAAAGGUUUCAAUGUAGGUAAAACAUGUUAGACAGAUAUUGAACUUUGGAGAUCAGAUGAACAGAUAUUCACUGUUAUAUACUUGGUUUAGGUUGGACAUUUUAAGAUGGCUGCGACAAAGCAUAUUCUUGCCCCAUUCUUAAUAUACCUCAGAUUGUUUAAUUUUCUGAGGUAGAGAUCAUGUAACAGAUAUAUCGAAAUCAGCAGAUGAACAAAUGAACAUGAAACUUGCUGUAACAUUGAUCCAUAUUCCAAACUGAUUGUAACUGUAAGGUUACAAGAAAUUUUCAUUUCUUAUGCUCCCUGAAAAUUUUAGAGGAAGCAUAUAUUGCCACUUUGUCUAUUCAGCCAUCAGUUUAUCCUUUUAUAUCAGGAGCAUAACUUUACCUAAAGUAAGGAUCAUAAAACUUGCUUUAUACAUUGGUAAGUCUAAGGCAAUGUGCUUUGUAAUAAACUUAGGGCCUGCAACCCCUUAAUUACAAAGUUAUUGUCCUUUAUUUAAAAUUUCCUGUCCAGAGCAUAACUUUCCUUUCAUUAAAACUCGUGUAAAGAACAGUUCAAUAUGUAACCAUUUGAGUGAAUUUUCCUUUUAUUUUUACUGUUUAUAUCUGGUAGAGUCACAAUAUAUUGUUAGAUUUCAGAUGAAUCUCAGAUUCAAAUAAAUUACUCAAUUUUGACUGCUUGCUUAUACUUCUACGAUUUAUUUGCGGAUUUCAUCAUACCUUUCACUAAAAGUGUAUGUAACAAUUCAGUAAAAUUCAUCUUGAUAACAUGUGAUAAAUGCAUAUAUAUCAAUACAUAGCCCCUGGCAGUUAAUACAUCACUGUCUUGAAAUGUCCACUUAAUACCAUGUAAACAACAGUGAUAUUGAGGAGAAUCUCUACAUAGUAAAUUGUCUCAUAGAGGGAUUUCAUUAUAUUAAAAGACUAGUACUGUAUGCUUGUAUUGUAUAUAAAUGUAUUGUACAUAGUAAUCUUUUAAUAUAUUCAUAUUCUAUCUUAUGGAUAUGACAUUGUGUAUAUUUUGUAUAUGUACUGUGCAGUGGAACAUCAUUAACAUCACUAUUCAUUGAAUUAAUCUCAUCACUUGUUCUUUUUGAAUUUGUAAAUAGUUUCAUUGCAAAGGGUUGAUAUAUGUGAUUUAUUUGUCUGAGGUAAUCACUGAUCUUUUCUUUAAUUCAGUUAAUUUUAUUAAAACUUUCUUUGCAGAUAUAUAUAUAUUUUUUAAGAUUGAUUACUCCUACACUAUUUGGGUUGUAGGCUUUACUAGGGUAAAUCUGUUCCAAAUAAAGACAGCAAUAUUAAAGCUAUAAGAUCCAAUGGUAAUCAUUUAACUUUCAUAUUGUGACUCAUUAUUUCAUUAGGGAGGUUGUAUAUCCAGCUGUGGUAAAAUGUUGAGAAUAUCAACAACAAUGACUAAAGGACAAAUUUGAAGGAUUCUACUUUGGUUUUGUGGCUGAAGUAGUUCAAUUAAUUUACCAAGUGGACCUCAAUGGACCAGUGGAUUGAAAUAUACAAAUGUAUGAAUAAGACAUUAAAUGUAGGAUUAAGUUUUUACAUGUCGAAGUUAAGGACCAACCUUAUCCUGUAGUGUUUAUGUACAGAUAGAAGUCUUAUUGUUUAUAAACAUGAAUAAGAUCUGUUUUCUGGCCUUUUUAUAACAUUGUUAACAUAAAAAAAAUCAUCAACAAUUUGGAUACUUUUAAGUCAUUAGUAAUUGUCAAAAUGAAGCAAAAUAAUUAAAUAAAAAUAAAAAACCAAAUAUCUUGAGGAUGAGAUAUUAGAGGUUAUAACAAAUCACUGGAGGGAGGUAACAGUGGCUGUUUCACAAAUGUUUAGUCCACUGAAUAGGGGAUGGCAAUUAUUAGAACAAAAGUGCUUGCUGCCAUAUGACCUGACUAUGUUAAUUGAUUGAGAACUGUAUAAACAAUGUGUGAAGUAAAACGCUUCCUAUUAGAAUAUGUAUUAGUAUUGGAUUUUCUGUGUACACUUAUGAUUUUUUUUUUUGUUUUUUCACAAGCCCAGAAAUAUCUCUACUAAAUUUUCAGCCUUUUCUUGUUGAUGAUAAUGGUUGAAAAUUUUAGUACUGAACUUAAUAAAAGUGAAU